GGACAAAAGGGGUUCAUAUACGUUACGAUCACACAAGGGAGAACAACACGCUGUUUACGAGCACUGUCAACUGGGAUCAACUGGGAUUAAACGACAAGAAAAUUGACCGGAACGGAAUCAUUAUGAACGAGGAUGCAGAUAAUUUUGCGUGGACUCGCCAGCUCGAGUGUCCGUCGACAAUAUACAAUGAUUCAGUAAAGAAAAAAUUGUGCAAGGGAGUAUUGGAGUUGUUAUGGGAGGACAUUUCCAAUUCUGUGUUUCCUGCGGCCCAAGCCUGUAAAAUAAGAAAGAACAUUUUACUGUACAAACUGAAGCAUGGGUUGAACGACUCUGCAAUUUCAUCUAUGAGAGAGUUGAAUCAACUGAGAUCUAAAAGCAGCACAUUGAAACAACAGAUAUCUGCGCUGGAAGAAGAAUACGAAGAACAGGACUAUACUGUCAGGCAAAAAAUGCAACGAUUGAAGGAUAUAAAGACCAAGUGUUCGGUAACCAGUACGAGGAAGGAUUUUCUCAAAUUAAAACACAGCGAAACCAGCAAGCAACUGAAAGAUUGCGGCGACAUGAGACGAGUGUGCCAGCAUUUAAUGCCAAACACCUCUAUGGACAUAGAUCAACAGAAAUUAAGGGAGAAUCUACAUAUGAUAACAGAUCUGCGUCGUUCAGCCAUAGAUAAGAAACAGAUAUGGACAAAGGUAUCGAGCUCUCUCAGUGGUAUUGGCGUACACCCGCUGUGGACACACUUGUAUCAAACGCUGUCGCAAGAUUUAGACACAUUAAUGAAAUUGGAGACCAAAAGUGACUUGGGCAGUUCGAGUGUAGUGGGCGAAAAUAUAGAUAUUGGUAUCGCAAGAGCUUGCGGUCAAUACAUAUGCAAUAUUUCGAAAGGCAUAUCGUCUAAUAUUAGAGCUAACAUGUACCAACAACGCUUAGUGGAAUUCAUUGAUCUAAUAGAGUCGUUAGCCCAUGAAGAUGUGAACGCGUGGUUAGCUCUGAAAUUGGAGGUGAGAAAGUUAGAAGCCGAACAGUCGUAUCGGCAAAACGAAGUUCAGAAGUUGAAGAACACUAUCCAGGAAAAUUCCUUGCUCAAUCUCGACAUAGCUCGAUUAACGUCCGACAUAGAGACGAUUGACGCACAGAUGGAUAAAUAUAUAAAAGACAUUCAGCGAUCUAUAGCAGUUUUAAACUCUACGCCGACGCUCAUAUUUAAAGAGAAAGAGAAGCUGCAUCACGAAUUGCAGAAAAUAAUGGCGUUACAGGUCGACAAUUACGACGCGAAAUGCGUGAAGAAUGCGUUGGACAUCGAACUGGAUAUGUUUUAUAAUAUCUUGGAUCUCAAUGCUUUACGAAAAGUAAUGUUGAAGGGAGAUGUGGGACUAUACAGACACGCAAUCUGUGGCCUCGACAAAGUCUUCAUCACCUCAGUCAAUCCGCAGUGCUCGAGGAUCAAGCCUUACUUCCCAAUAAUACAAAUACCGAUAUACUCCCUCAUAGAAUGCUAUAAAAAUGCAAUUACCAAUAUAGUUUACACGAAACUGCACUGUUCGUCGUCAACUGAGGAGAUUGAGUGCGCAGAUAAGUUAAUGCCGUCACGAGAAAAGUGUAAUUACAAUAGUUUGGAGCUGCUGAAUCUCGCCACAGUCGUUUGCGAUCAGGCGCGCGAGGAGAUCAAGCGCUUUGACGCCGUCCUGAGUGCUUGGGCGAACCAAGAUGUACAAGAAGCAAUGGCACUCGACGAAACGACCGUGGAUGGUGUAUCCUUUAAGGAUUGGUUGCAGCGUUACAAUUUAUUAUUAUACAUGAUACAAAAUAGCAAGUGAUCUAUAUAUUGUAGUCUGUCGCCGUUCAUUUAUAUUAUAUUGUUACGUGUUCAAAGAAUUAGAAAUUUAAUUCGACAAAUAAAUUUUGCAGAUUCUGAAAAAAUAUU